AUAAUUCAUCAUCUCGUCUUUUAUAUCUCUCACUCUAAAGAGAGAAUCAUAACUAGUCCCACUUUCUCCCCUUUUCAGCUUGUCCUUCUCUCGCUCCAUUUCCAAAUCUUGAUCUGAACAUAUUGCAUAUACCUAUGACUUGAGAGGAGGGUUCUGAUAGGGAUUAAAGAGACAAGAACAUAAAAUUAGGGUUUUUUUCUUUAUGUUCUUGUAAGUAUGGAGGCUAAUGAGAUUUAGCAAGGCUUUCUUGGCUUAUACAUAAGAACAAUUCCACUGAUUUUGUUUAUCUGGGAUUUUCGAUUUUAGGGUUUUGAAAGAAAUCCCAACUUUCAAUUUGUUUCUUCUUUUGAGGGUCAAGAAAAUGUGUGAAUCUUGCCCCUUUUCUUUUCUUGUUUGUUUUUCGAUGGAGUUAACUUAACAUAGCACCAUAAUAUAGCCACUAUUUCAAGAUUAGCCUUUUCUUGCCAAGAUUUAUUGUUUUUUUUUUUUUUUUGGGUAGUGAGUGAGUAAGUGAUGCUGAGGAACAGAUCUAGAGCAGUGAGUAGCAAACAAGGCAUGAUGUCUGAUCAUAACACCCCAAAAAUUCCAAAUCCAUCUUCUUCAUCAUCAUCAUCUUGUUCUUCCCCAAUCUCAUCUAUCUUGAGUUCUCCAAGAUUCUUCAAUGGGUUCUUGACCAAGAACCUGCAGCCAGACACAGAACCCAAUGCCAUUGCCAUGAGCCCAACCUCCAUUCUAGACUUAAAGAACUCAUCAAGCUUUGUGAACCCAUUUGGGUAUGACAGGGGAGGCAUGCCCAAACCACCCCCCCUACCCACAUCCCCCCAAGAAACCAAGGCAGCAGCAGCAAUAGGUCUUGCCCUGAUUGAUUCCAUCAUAUCAGAUGACGAAAAGAAAAGAAAAUGGAAUAAAAAUGGAGUAAGUGAUGGGAAUUUGGUAAACAGAACAAUCUUGUUUGGAUCAAAGCUCAAGAUUCAGAUCCCAGAAAUUACAUCAUCUUCCUCCUCCAACCAUGGUGACUUUGGGAUGAAGACCAAGUCUCAGUUCUUGAGCCCUGCAACCAGGCAGCUUUCUUUGAAAGAAAUGGAGCUUUCUGAGGACUAUACUUGUGUCACUACACAUGGGCCUAACCCUAAAACCACUCACAUAUUUGAUGAUUGUAUUGUGGAGUGCUGCUGUGGGGAUGACAGCACCACCACCAUGGUUGAAGAAGAGAGUGGUUUUAAUGGUGUUUCAGUAGUCUCUCCUCCAUCACCAGGUUUUCUCAGCUUUUGCCAUACUUGCAGAGCUGUUCUUGGACAGGACAAGGAUAUUUACAUGUACAGGGGGGAGAAGGCAUUUUGCAGCAAUGAAUGCAGGUGCCAAGAAAUGUUUCUUGAAAGAAUGGAGAAUCUUCUUGAUGAUGAUGAUGAUGAUGAUGCCUUUUAGAACAACCCCACUCUCAAUUCUUUCUCAGGUUUUUCUACUACUGUGUCAAAUAAUAAUCAUCAUAAAAGUUUUCCUAUAGUUCUUCUUCCCUUCUUGUAUUAUCCAAUGUAAUAUGGGUUGUGGGACAAAAUGUCUGUAGUAAUAAGCCUAGUUAGAGAAUAAUGACAAAGUUGUGCCUAUGUAUGUAAUGAUACAAGAAGUGCUCAA